UUUCAACUGAAAGUGCAAUAUAGAAAUGGAGGAAGGAAGCGGUGGAAGAGGCCCCACCAGACCUAAGCACCGCCAACAGCACCAGUACCAGCAGAGCGAGUGCGAGAGAGCACCACAUACAAAAAGGUGUGUGUCAUUUAAGGUUAUUCUCUGUGUGGCCGCAAUGGCGAUCGCCUGCGCCCAGGCCAAGCCCGGCGGACCCGCCGCCUACUCGAUUAGCGCCCCCAGCGUAGACCACGCCUCCGUGGGCAACACACAGGAGCACACAGUGAAGGGACACUACGGCCAGUCCUCACAAUCGGACUACGCCAGCCAGGUGCAGACGGCCCACUCUCAGUCACAUGUUCAGCGCUCGAGCAUCAGCAACGACGCCGGCCUGGCCCCGGCGGCCCAUUAUGCAGCUCCCGCGACUCACGCCAUAGCCGCCCCCGCUAUUGGCGCCUCGUACGCCUUGGGAGUGGGGCACACGGCCCCUGCCCAGAUCCAGGGCCUGGCCUACGCGAGUCACGGCUAUGCCGCCGCCCCAACCGUGGCCUACGGCGGCCACUACGGCCCUCAGUACGGUGGCGGCCAUUAUGCAGCCACGGCCCCGGCCCUGCAGCUCUCGGGAGUGGCAGUGGGACACUACGGACACAUCGGACACCUGGGCCUGGGCGCAGGUCUCGGCUAUGGGUAUGGCGGAUAUAGCUCCGGUCCGGCCCUGUCGCAUGGCUACGCUCAGGUUGCCGCCGCUCCCGCUCAAGUUGUGAAGUAUGCCGCCACUCCAGCCUACGCUCCUGGCAUUAUUGGACACGGCUACGCCCCCGCUGCGUACGCUGCACCUGCCUACGCUGCACCCGCCUAUGCUACGCACCUGGGUGGCCCAGUGUUGAAAGCCGCCGUUGCCGCACCCGCCCUGGUACACACAUCGGUCUCCGGACACGGCAUUCACUAUGGCUACUAGGAAGUUUUCUCCGUGACCUGCACCCUGAACCUGUACCUGUACCAGUACCAGUACCAGUACCAGUCCCAGUACCCCCACCAUUGUCACCAUAAGCUCCAG